AAAAAUAAAUAUUUUGACUCAUGGUGUUGCUAGUCUUAUAGUCUUAUCCUUGCAAUUUACUCUACUUAUUUAUUGAUAAUUAAGGAUAGUUUAACAAUAAGAAGGUGAAGCAAUAUAUGUAUCUACUCUUGAUUAUUUAUUUAUGUAUUGCUUAUAGCUGUGAAAGUGUGAGAGUUAUGUAGGUGAGUUUGUGUGUAUAUGAGAGUAAUCCAAAGGCUAUUGUGUUAAGGGAGGAGAAGCAUAAGAAUAUAUAUGGGGCAGGAAUCUAGCAAGGAGACCAGAGAGAGCCUGAAGCCAGGGGAUCACAUCUACACUUGGAGAACUGCAUAUUUAUAUGCUCAUCAUGGCAUUUACAUUGGUGAAGAAACAGUAAUUCAUUUCACUGUAAAUGGACAAUCAUCAACAAGAACUAUUUCAUCAUCCUCAAACUCGAUCCAUAGAUGUCAAAGGCCAACAUGCAUGGAUCCACACAAGGCGAAUGGGGUGGUUUCGUCUUGCCUCGACUGCUUCCUAGCCGGCGGUGGUGAUGUAUGUCGGUAUGAGUAUGGCGUCUCCCAGGUUUACUUUUUCGUCAGACUCCGUGCCGGAACGUGUACUCUCGCAGCCUCAGACGAAGAUGAAAUCGUUGUCCGUCGAGCAAAGUAUGUGCUCGAAAAAGGCUUCCCCAGCUACAAUCUUUUCAAGAACAAUUGUGAAAACUUUGCUGUGUAUUGUAAAACAGGGAGGGUAGAUGUUAACUUUGGAGAAAUUGGACAAAGUGGCCAAAUAAAUGCCAUUCUUCCUGCCAGUUUAAGGAUAUUUAAAACUGACAUUGGACUAAGGAACUUGCCGAAAUUAGAACCAGAAGAGUUGGCAGCAACAUUGCAAAAAAUGGUUUCUCAACUCCAAUCCCAGUGAAUGUUGCACCAUAAUCAACAGUUAUGUUAAGUGUUCUUGUUAUAUGUACAAUACUGUGCUGAUGAUAUAGUUCGCAUAAGAGUUUCUAUGUAAAAUGAGUAUAGAAAAAGAGUUUCAAUUUUCAAAUUAUUAAUUGUCAUAUGGGGUAUGAGCAAGAUCAAACUAUGGAUUUGCAUAACUUCUUGUUGCUGCUUGUACCUGUACUGUACUUUGUUGUUUGCACAUGUUAAUGAGAGAAGCAUGGAUUUGCACAAUCAAGAUUCUAUGCAACUUUCAAUUAUCACAUGUUAAUGCUUUCUAAAUUCUAUGCAACUUUUUUCUCCUUAACUUUCA